CCAUUUCCUCCGGGCUCAUAAACCCCUUCUUAUAUCCUUUUCCCUUUGGGCCACGGCCCCAAAAUGGAUGCCGGUGUCGUAUCCUCCUCCUCCCAAUUCCACCUGAAACCCUGCAAAUUAGGGUUAUGGUUUCAAGAUUUCACGACGCGGUCUCCUUCCCCUCGCCUUCUCGCCUUUCGUUCGAGGUUUUCUCUCGGUUGGAAGCUUCGGAGGGGUUCUCUCGAGAUCCGAGGGAAGCCUCGUCGAGCGGUCAUGGUGUCGCCGAGGGCGAGUGGAGGGGAGAGCCUGUCGCCGUGGGAUGAUAAGCCCUACGAGCUUCUUCCCACUGGACGGAGAGCUUAUCUCGAUGAGCAGGACGUGGUGAGCUUCCUCGAUCCUCCUAAGGAGCUCAUCCCCAUCGACCCAGCCUCCUACAACCCUGCUGCCUAUCUUUGGAAGAAAAUUGGAGAUAUUCCAGAAGAAAGGAGGCAUCGGUUGCUUUAUAUGCUGAAAGCUAGGCUUAUCUCUAGGAUUUGGGAACUAUCUGGGCAACGCUAUCACGAUGCUAAGCUGGCCAAGCAAACAGCAUCUACAUUGCUAUCUCUGGAAGCAGAUUCAAUAACGAUCGAAGUUUGGAGUGGACGAACAAGCAAAGGACCUUUGCCAAUUACUUGGCUUAAUGACUUCAAUAAGGUUAUUUUUCGGGCUAAGGAUGGGGCCACUUAUGGACGUGUAAUCCUCGGUGGAUCAAUUCCGUUCGGUUUACCAAAUCUUUAUAAUCCACUCUACUUCAGAGUGAGACAGGUGACAGAAGUUAUGUCGACAGAACAGCCAUGUGAUGUGGCAUAUGAGUUUGGUGAUGGGCUUUUUGAUCCCCAGAACUUUCCCAAAGGCUUCCCAAAACCAGCAAAACACCCUUGGCCAUUCAAUGAUCAUUUGGUUGUUUAUGUACGUCAUGCUGGACCGGGGGUGUUGGUAGGUCAAGCAUGGCAAGAAGGGAAAGACCUGGAGCAAGUGCCUCAAAAAUUCUGUGGUGAGAUAUUGAUGGUGAAAGAUUAUACAGCUAGUGGCUAGUAGUUGAGUGGUUUGACGAGCCUGCUGAUUAUGCUAAGGUCAAUCAGUAUAGUGACACUGCAUUCUGGAGUUCAAUAGUGAUUACCAUCUGUCUCGAGAUAUGCGAAUGAUCUUGCAUCUGAAUUUAUUUUGAUAAAUUUUGCAACUUAGUUUGUAUCACUAGAUUGCAACCUUUAGAUAUCAUUUGUAAGCUUCUUUGUAUGACUAGAUCAACCUUUAGAUAUCAUUUGUAACCUUCUUUGUGUGACUAGAUUGCAACCUUUAGAUAUCAUUUGUAAGCUUCAUUGGAGUUAUACAUGAUUGGUACCUAACUAAAAUAAAUUAGCUGUUAUGUUAUUA